UGACAUUGUUCAAAUGUAGAUUGUCAUAUUAAUACUAAGGUUUUAAAAGUACUUUUUAACUCCAAAACAGUUAUAAUAACAAUAAUAAUUUAAUUUAAAUUAACGUAUUAUAUAAUAAUUAGGACCACACUAUGUAAAAUAGAUGUUAAAGUCAAAAUUCAUGAUAAUAUGCAAUAUAUUAUUUAACUCCAAAAAACAUUUGACAAGGUGUGUAAAGGAUCAUCCAGUAUAACACAAAAUCUUAGUGACUAUUCUAAUCAAUCAUUUUAUAUCAAUUGAAGUCAACAUCAUAUAGGAGAAAACCAUGUCAACAACAUCUGAUACGUGUAAAGUGUUUUCUCAAGCGGGAAAUUUAAAACAGCAUAUAGCAACACAUUCUAAAGAAAAGUCAUAUAAAUGUAGUAUCUGUUAUAAAGGGUAUACUCGAAAAAUAAAUUUAAUAGCGCAUAUUAGAACACAUACAGGAAAAAGGCCAUAUAAAUGUGAUAUCUGUAAAAAAGAGUUUUCUACAAGACCACAUUUAAUAUCACAUACAAGGACACGUACAGGAGAUGGGCCAUUUAAAUGCUGUAACUGUGGUAAAUUGUUUGUUAAAGCUGAAGCACUAAAAAGGCAUAUAAAGAUACAUAGUGGAGAAAGGCCAUAUAAAUGUGAUAUCUGUGGUAAACAAUUUAUUAGAUUGGAUAGUUUAAAAACCCAUACAAUGAUACAUACUAGAGAAAAGCCAUAUAAUUGUGCAAUCUGUAAAAAUGAAUUUUCUUCAAGAACAAAUUUAAUAUCACAUACAAGGACACAUACACAGGAUACACCAUAUAAUUGUGAUAUCUGUGGUAAACUAUUUGCUCUAGCUGGAACACUAAAAAGGCAUUUAAGGACGCAUAGUGGAGAAACGCCAUAUAAAUGUAAUAUCUGUGGUAAACAAUUUACUAGAGUGGAAAGUUUAAAAAUCCAUACAAUGAUACAUACUAGAGAAAAGCCACAGAAAUGUGCAAUUUGUAAAAAAGAGUUUUCUACAAGAGCACAUUUAAUAUCACAUACAAGGACAAAUACAGGAGAUAAGCCAUUUAAAUGUUGCAUCUGUGGUAAAUUUUUAGUUGAAGCUGGAACACUAAAAAGGCAUACAAAGAUACAUACUGGAGAAAAGCCACAUAAAUGUGCAAUCUGUAAAAAAGAGUUUUCUACAGUUUCAUAUUUAAUAACACAUACAAGGACACAUACAAAAGAAAGGCCAUAUAAAUGUGAUAUCUGUGGUAAAUUGUUUGCUCUAACUGGAACACUAAAAAGGCAUAUAAGAACACAUACAAGAGAAAGGCCAUAUAAAUGUGAUAUCUGUGGUAAAUUGUUUGCUCUAACUGGAACACUAAAAAGGCAUAUAAGGACACACAGUGGAGAAAGGCCAUAUAAAUGUGCAAUUUGUAAAAAAGAGUUUAUUACAAGAGCAAAUUUAAUAUCACAUACAAAGACACAUACUGGAGAAUUGCCAUAUUUAUGUGAUAUUUGUGAUAAAGGGUUUUCUCUUAAAACAAAUUUAAUUAAGCAUAUAAAGAAACACACAGGAAAAAAAUCCGUAUAAAUGUGCAAUCUGUAAAAAAGAGUUUUCUACAAGAGAAAAUUCAAUAUUGCAUACAAGGCCAUAUAAAUGUGAUUUCUGUGAUGGAAGGUUUUAUUGUGCAGCAAAUUAAAAAAAAUAUAUUAGGACACAUCCUGGAUUAUACUGACUAAUUGGCCAAUUAUUUUCAGACACAAAUAUUUGUUUAUUCGAUUCACACCAGUUAUUGGAGUCGUUUGAAAAUUAGAUAUAAAUAAAUAAAAUAUGUACAUACAUUGAUGAAAAGUGUUAUAUAUUAUAUGUAGGAUAUAUGUUGGUACCACUAUUUUGUUCUUAUUGUGAAUAUAAACCAAAUAAUUAUACAA